CCCGCCUCUGCCGCUCGCCCCGAGCCAAUGGGAAGGCUCCAUACUGCAGGGUGUGACGGGGCCGGCGCCGCAGAGGAGUUGCAAGUCGGCGAAAGCGGCGGGAAGUUCGUACAGUGCAGAAGGCAACGCGUCUACGGCUCGGGUGAAGAUGCCUCGAGUAAAAGUGGCUCAGGCUGGAAGACAGGGCCCCACAAAGAGACAACUUGCCGAACACUUUGCAGCUGGGGAGAUCAUCACUGACAUGACGAAGAAGGAGUGGAAACUAGGAUCCCCCAUCGGCCAGGGCGGCUUUGGUUGUAUAUAUCUUGCUGAUCUGAAUUCUUCGAGAUCUGUGGGCAGUGAUGCACCCUGUGUUGUAAAAGUGGAGCCCAGUGACAACGGACCCCUCUUUACUGAACUGAAGUUCUACCAGCGAGCUGCCAAACCAGAGCAAAUUCAGAAGUGGAUUCGUACCCAUAAACUGAAGUACCUGGGUGUUCCUAAGUACUGGGGGUCUGGUCUACAUGAUAAAAAUGGAAAGAGUUACAGGUUUAUGAUAAUGGAUCGCUUUGGGAGUGACCUUCAGAAAAUAUACGAAGCAAAUGCCAAAAGGUUUUCUCGGAAAACUGUCUUGCAGCUGAGCUUAAGAAUUCUGGAUAUUCUGGAGUACAUUCACGAGCACGAGUAUGUACACGGAGACAUCAAGGCCUCAAACCUUCUUCUGAGCUACAAGAAUCCUGACCAGGUGUACUUGGUAGAUUAUGGCCUUGCUUACCGGUAUUGCCCGGAAGGAAUUCACAAAGAAUACAAAGAAGACCCCAAAAGAUGUCACGAUGGCACGAUUGAAUUCACCAGCAUCGAUGCGCACAACGGCGUGGCCCCAUCAAGACGUGGUGAUUUGGAAAUACUGGGUUAUUGCAUGAUCCAGUGGCUUAGUGGCCAUCUUCCUUGGGAGGAUAAUUUGAAAGAUCCUAACUAUGUUAGAGAUUCCAAAAUUAGAUACCGAGAAAAUAUUGCAGGUUUGAUGGACAAAUGUUUUCCUGAGAAAAAUAAGCCAGAUGAAAUUGCUAAAUACAUGGAAACAGUGAAAUUACUGGACUACGCCGAGAAACCUCUUUAUCAGAACUUGCGAGACACUCUUCUGCAAGGACUGAGAGCCAUAGGCAGCAAGGACGAUGGCAAGCUGGACCUCAGCCUUGUGGAGAACGGAGGCCUGAGAGCAAAAACAGUAACAAAGAAGCGAAAGAAAGGAAUCGAGAGCACAGAAUCCAGUGUUGAAGAUAUGGAAUGCUCAGAUACACAAACAGAAGAGGCCACACAAACCCGAGGUGAGGAGCCCCGAGGAGCCGUGCGUGGAAGCCUGUCUCAGCCAGAGACUAGCAGCAGCCAUGACAGUUCGAAAGCCAGGAAGAGAGUCCAGAAGUAAAUCACAUGCUGUCAGCUGAUUUUUCUUUUCUUCCUUUCGUUUGGCUUUCUCCUCUUUUUCUAUUUUCAACGUUUCAUUUUCAUGGGAGUCUUUUAGGGUAGGGCUAACCAUGAAGUACCUAUGUCUUUGAAAAAUAUGAACUUUUUUAUUAAAUACUUUGUACAAUUUAUUAAAGGCCAAUUUAUAAAAUUUAAAAUCUUUAGGUUAUACUCUUGGAGCUACCCCAGGCUGUGUGUGUUUGAGGUUCUGGAGUAGAGAGGAGCAAAACUACCACGCUGUGUACUUUUCAAAUCAUUGUACGUUGCCCAGAGUGUGUAAGUGUGCUUAGACAAAGUCCUUACCUUGAAGGAAGUAACAGCCUUAAAAUAAAAGUCUCUUUGCGUGAUAACAAAUACACCAUUUGUCGUGGCCGUAA